AUGAUUUGGUAUUAUUUGCUAGUCUUCCUCACAAGUCACAGCAUUCUCAACGUCCAGGCACGUCAAACGUGCUCGUGGGAGGUGUGCAAUCGCUGGAGCAAUGAAGCGGGUGUUAUCAACGUGCAUCUAGUUCCCCAUACUCACGACGAUCUUGGUUGGAUCAAGACCGUCGAUCAGUACUACUAUGGAGGUAACAAUUUGUUCAAUAGCUACAGCUUUAAAAUUUUAUUUUGUCAGAAAAAUGUUCUACAUUUUUCAGAAGUUUUCCUUCACUUUUUCAAAAUGUUAACUUCUGAAAAUUUUUUGUCGAACUGA